CACACGUGCCACUACGCAGGCGACAUUCUUCACGGGCGAUGAUCGAGCACCACAAACAAACCACCAGGGGGAUCAAACGCUAGACGAUCUCUCAUGGCGGUAGCAUCGUUUCAGAAACAAACGCCGCAGGUUAAAACUUUUAACCGACACAGAUCGUCUUUGGUGUGUCUGACAUGGCUGCACCGAGAGCGUCGUCCUUGCUGCUUGCGUUCAAAGCAAAGAUUGAAGAGUCUGUUGCACUGGUUCCCGACAUGGUGGCCGAAGAAAAGUUGAAAGCUGUUCAAUUUUGGAAUGUGGUUUCGGAGAGGCUACAACAGAUCGUGAAUGACAGCGCUGCCGACAUCAACGCGUUGGCACUGAACAUGCAUGGCGAGGACAUCAAUGUGGCUUCACUUCACGAUGAACAAGAAUCACAAGCAAAAAUGGCACAGCCCUACAUUGAAGCCCAUGCCUAUAGAUCGGAAAACCUGUACACGGAAGCCGUCGAGGAGUUUGAUGUCACGGCUGCGUCGGAGGGCCACCAGCAGGAACUUCUGGCAUUGUCUGCCGAGCUCGAGCAAGUGGGUUCGUCGCAGCCUUCUGCUCAGGGAAAUUUCAACAGCGUGCCUCUGGAGCAGGGGAGCCUAGAUGUGUCUGAAGGGUCACUUUCCAAGGGACUCGACAGUGCUGCUCAUUUCAACUCAAGCAGAGGACUGCCCUGCAGAUGCCAGGUUUGAUGUUGCACAUCAGCAGAGCCACAAUCCUCAGGUUUUAUCGCAACAUGAUUAUGGCUCAAGCAGCAAUCUAGUCCUU